AUGGCAUUGACUAAGCCAAUCCUUUAUAAGUUUUGGACUAUUCUUGUCCCUAUAUUUGUCGCAUACGUUUAUGGCCCGUUAGUCUAUCGCCAUUUGACUGUGUUUGGUAUUUUGCGGCGAACACACCCGACACUUACCAAUCCCGAAGACAUUAUUACCAUUCAAGAUACCACGCACUGCGAGGAUCUCCACUACUAUUCACCACGUCAAAUUCUCUUUACAGCAUGUGAAGAUACUUUUCUCACAAGGUUCUCAUGGUUUCCACCGCUUGAGGUAUUCGACAACCCUGCCGUCACUCAUGAGGCACGUGGCUCGAUACACGUUAUUGAUCUGGAGGCAAGUCGUACGCCCCCGACUGGAGAUCAACACUGGACCAUGAAGUCUCGUCGCCUUCGUUUUACGAAUUUCGAUGGCCCUUUCGUCACGCAUGGGAUUGAUGUGCUCCCAGAUCCCGAGUCUGCAAAUGGGGAUGCAGUGUACAUAUUUGCUGUCAACCAUGUUCCAAACAUGGAGCGUGUUGAUGUGAAUACAGACUCAACAGAUCGCCUUGGAUCCAAACCGCCACAUCGAAAGUCUCAUUCGCGGAUCGAGGUUUUCCAUCAUACCCUCGGGUCGGAUUCAGUUCACCACAUCCGUUCAGUGCGGCACCCGUUAAUUGCCACACCGAAUGACAUUUUUGCGAUUGGGAAAGCAUCAUUUUAUAUCACCAAUGACCAUUACUAUCCCGAAGGUCCCUUGCGUGCUGUUGAAAUCAUGUACUUUGGCGCUAAAUGGUCAAACAUUGUCCAAGUUCAGUUUUCUGUAAAUACAGGGGCUCAAGCAGGCCUCGAAACCGGCGUCAACGCGUCUGUCGUGCUAUCCGAGCUACACAACAACAACGGUUUAGGGCAUGGACGAUCUCCCAGCGAAUUGCUCAUAGGUAGCGCUGCUAGUGGAACCCUCCAUUUUGCACGAUUACCUGGAGACGCAGACACCGCAAUUGAAGUCGUUGACUCUAUUCCGUUUGACUCGACCAUCGACAACCCCACCUACUUCUCCGAUCCAUUCGCCAAUUCUACUUACGACGCUUCCGGAUACGUCAUUGCCGGCUUGCCGAGAGCUAUAGACCUUACCGCAACCGCCAGGGAUCCUGGGGGAAAGGAUGGGGCAAUGGUGUGUAUUGUGAAUGAGUCUAGGACUGGUAGCUGGGAGAAGCGACUCCUUUUUCAGGACGAUGGAGAGAGAAUCCGGAGUGCUAGUACAGCCCUACUGGUUGCCAUUGAUCCAAGGAUUGAAGGUCCGCAGCGUAAGGCAUGGCUUUUUAUUACGGGUCCCUGGUCAGAAAACAUGAUAGCUGUCAAGAUUGACAUCUGA